AUGGAGGACUACUCGAGAAAACCAAGCGAAGUCAAUGGACAUCGUCGGGUCCAAACCCUCCCAAACGUUCAGAAUAAUAACCCCGACGAUGGCCUGCGUGUAGCCGAAGCUACGAAUGCCUCAGUGGCCCCUGACGAGCAUGAGAUACCCGAACAUGUUGACCAAGGACCAGAUCCUGGACCACCUUCGCCGCAGGGCGAGAGCGUUGGGGAUAUUUUUAAACGCCGCAUGAAGGACCAUCGUCGCUUGCAACGCUGGAAGGCUUGGUUUGAGGCACAGCAGAUCUUCAUAAAUACUACUGGGCAGCAAUUCGCCGCAGAAAAUCAAGGACAGGGGCCCGUCCUCGUGCCAGAGCCCGCUUGGUUGCAUCGGCAGGCGGCUCUCAUGGGACAAGAGGCGGUUCGCAUUGCACAGCAGGUGCCUUAUAUGGAACAGCGGCCUGCCUCUGAGGCACAGAUUGCGUCCGGCGCUGAUACGCCUCAGCAUGACAAUCGAGUGGCAGGCACCGAUGAAAAUCGUAUGCCUGCUCUAGAGGAGGAAGCUCUUCCAGAUGAUACAGAUCCGCCACCACUCGCAAGCUCCAAGCAAACUCUUGCAGAAUACCUGAUCUUCAAGAAACGACCAUCUGCGAGGCGCAGAAACUCUGAGCCAACGGAUAUUAAUAUUCUUCAUCUCACGGCAUUUGAGAAUUCAGCUGUCUUUCGUGACUACAUCGACGCUACCACCGCCGAACUGGAUGAUCAGUUUGCUCAGGAUGACGCCACCGAUUUUGGCCUCCUUGCAUUGAGAGACAGGCCUGUUGCCGAAUGGGGCCGUGACUGA